AUGUCAAAGCCAAGAUGUUAUUUAGAUAUAAGUAUAGGAGGAGAACUAGAAGGGAGAAUAGUGGUGGAGCUUUACAAAGAUGUUGUCCCUAAAACUGCUGAGAAUUUCAGGGCUUUGUGUACUGGAGAAAAAGGCAUUGGACCAAUCACUGGUGUCCCCCUUCAUUACAAGGGAGGUCGCUUUCAUCGUGUCAUCAAAGGUUUUAUGAUACAAGGUGGUGACAUAUCAGCUGGGGAUGGAACUGGAGGAGAGUCUAUCUAUGGAUUGAAAUUUGAUGAUGAAAACUUUGAGUUGAAACAUGAAAGAAAAGGAAUGUUGUCGAUGGCUAAUAUGGGCCCUGACACCAAUGGAUCUCAGUUUUUUAUUACUACCACUCGAACUUCUCAUCUAGAUGGAAAGCAUGUUGUUUUUGGGAAGGUAAUCAAAGGAAUGGGAGUAGUUCGUUCUAUUGAGCAUAUUGCGACUAAGGUUGGUGAUUAUCCCUCUCAAGAUGUGGUGAUUGUUGACUGUGGAGAAAUUCCUGAAGGGGAGGAUGAUGGGAUAUCCAACUUCUUUAAAGACGGUGAUACUUACCCUGAUUGGCCAGCUGAUUUAGACACAAAGCCAGAUGAGAUUUCUUGGUGGAUGAAGGCAGUUGAUACGGUUAAAGCUUUUGGAAAUGAACAGUACAAGAAGCAAGACUGUAAGAUGGCUCUUCGAAAAUAUCGUAAGGCUUUGCGCUACUUGGAUGUUUGUUGGGAGAAGGAAGACAUUGAUGAAGAGAAGAGCUCAUCGCUGCGGAAGACAAAGUCUCAGAUAUUUACAAAUAGCUCUGCCUGUAAACUGAAGCUUGGAGAUAUUAAAGGAGCAUUAUUGGACACAGACUUUGCCAUGCGUGAUGGAGAAGACAAUGCAAAAGCUUUUUUCCGCCAAGGCCAGGCAUAUAUGGCACUCAAUGACAUAGAUGCUGCAGUUGAAAGCUUCAAGAAGGCUCUGGACUUGGAGCCAAAUGAUGGAGGAAUAAAGAAAGAGCUUGCAAGUGCUAGGAAGAAGAUUGCUGAUAGGCGUGAUCAGGAGAAAAAGGCCUAUGCUAGAAUGUUUCAGUAG